UCCCAUCCAUUUUGUUUCACUGUCAACGUGCGUCGUUCGACACAAAUUUUGAUUAUUUCGCAUAAGUAAACGAAAGCAGAAUGUCCAAAUCCAAAGUGAAUCCGAAGGGGCUCUCCUUCAGCCACCCCGCCGUCUGUCGCCCGCGUUCCACCUUGACCUUGAGCAAGAAGGAGACGACGAGCCAGAGCUAUUUCGGCACCUUUACACAUCCGUUGUGCCCCAAUCACUAUGUCGCCAAUCCCCUGGACAAGCCAUAUUAUCACGAGUAUUUGUGGAAGUCCUGCCAGCAGCGCAUGUCCUCCGCGUUGCGCAUUAAGAACCGCGUGGAUGUGGAGGCAGAUUCCCUUGGCAAUACUGUGGGCAUGGUCUGUUCAGAGUCCAAGAUUGCUUGCCCCAGGACCGUGGAGGGCAGACAGGCCGCUGAUGUCGAUUCGCGCAACUUUGCCACGUACCUGAAGGCCUUCGCCCUGGUGUACGUCCUGCCGGAGGUGGACUGGACAGCGGAUAAGAUCGAUAUGCUGCUGCAGGAGGGCACUGAACUGUUCAAGGCCAGCUCCGAGGAGGAUGGUUCAAAGAAGAAGGCCUCCAAGAAACCGCCACUACUCCGGCCGCAGAUCUACACGGAUGCCGAAAAUCGAAUCAAGCGGAAUUUCACGCUGGAGGGUCACACCUUCACCCUGGCCCUGGAGUCGCGCUAUCUGGGCAGUCCGCAGCAGCCCCUGGAAACGCAGCCGCGUCACAUCAUCAAGAACCUGCGCGUCGUGCUGCAGACCUUUUUCCGCACCGGCCACUACUGCCUGCUGCUGACCAAGCAGGGGCACCUGCUCAUCUGGAAGCGGCGCAAGCUGUUCUUUGUGCUGGAUGUGCAGGGUAGGCGCAAGGACGAUCUGGUUAGCGACAAGGCGAUUGGCGUGGCCAUGCUCGUCUGCCUGCAGACCAUCGACAAUGUUUUCUAUAUGGUUAGCCAGCUCAGCGGCAUCUCGCCCACGGAUGAAUUCAGCCUGCGGGAGCUCGUGGUUGUGCGUCUGGUGACGCCCGCCGGCCGCAUCUUCCUGAGGGACACCGUCCAGCGGGAAGUGGACUUUGAGGUGAUCAACAACAACUACGCCUAUCUGAAGGGGAAUCUGCACUUGUCCCUCAACACGGCCGAUCCGCUGCGCAGUCGCAGCAGCAUCAUGGUGGCGGUGGGCGCCAUUAUGGCCUCGAAAAUCGACCAUCCGGCCACCUGGAACACCAACAUGUUCGAUCGCCUCAUCUGCUAUGGCGUCGAGCUCUGUCGCAGUUGCUGGGGCGAUCGGAUGAAGCAGCCCAUCAACUUGGAUGAGUUUCCCACCCAGCUGCGUCUGGGCCAGUUUGUGGUCGAACUGGAGCUGCGGCCCAACGUGCGGGCGGGCAACUGGCGGUGCGUGGUGCGAGUCGCGGGCACAGACUUUGAACAUCAAGUCCGCGAGACCCUGAAAGAGUACGGCAAUGUCAUCUUUCAGAUCAACAGCCAGAUGUACGCCAUCUGGAACAAGGACGACUUCUACUACCUGCUCGAUGCGUACCGCCACACGAUUGUCGGCACGCACGUGCAGCAGGACAAGGCAAAGGGCGCCAAGUGGUCGACGGUGCGCAUGUUCCGCGAUCCCCUCACCAUGAUCAGUGUGUUCCACCAGCUGCUGAAGGAGUCCAAUCGCCAGUCGCCCUACCACCUGCAUGCGGUGCGCAUCAAGAACAUGGCCGAGUGCCCCAAGGGCUAUGCCCUGGCACCCCUGCCCGAGGGCGUUGACCCAGAGGUACAGUCCAUCAACGAUACGAUCCGGUUUAACCGGCAAGCCACCAGCUCCGGUCACAUGCUGGCCUCGUUGAGCGACCACGAGGAGGAUCUCGUUAGCCAAACCGAGGACACCUUCGACAUCGAGAAAUUUGAGCUGCUGGAUGACAUCAAGGAUGACGAUGAUGAAAAAGAGCACAACUUCGAUGAAGCGGGCGAAGAGGAAGAGGAUACGCAGGAUAGCAGCAAAGAGAACACGAAGGGCAAAAAUGACCCACCAAGCCCAAAGAACGUUUCGCGGUUAGCUUCUGGAAGAAGUCGGAACUCCUCGCCACCGAUGAGCAAGCCGAAGCCAUCAAGCAAAGUGAAGGAUCAGAGGCUAACUUCAGGAGGGCCCCACAAAGGCUUGGCACCCAAGGAAAAGCCAAGCGGUCAGACUGCAACGUCAGGAAAGUCGCAAUCCCAACAGCGGUCCGUCACAUCUGCAGACCGACCUCACAGCUUUUCUAUGUGUUCCAAACCCUCUGGGAAGCAAUUUAAAGAUUUGGCAAAAUCAAUGGAGGAAAUCAGGGCAUCCCGUCAAUUUACACCGCAAAUUUGUACGAGUUGCGAGUCAGAUGCCCGGUUGUCGUGUCCCAAUAAGCCCAUCAAGGUGGCCCAGUUCCAGGCGAAGACGUUCAAGCAAAAGGGGUGCCAGCAAUCCUGCUGGUGCAGCGGUCGGGAAUCGAUUGAAGCGAGCAGCAAGCAGGCGGCGAUUCAAGAACAUAAGUUUCCAGGCUUCUGUCGCGUGCCCCAAAUGCUGGCCGUGGCAGGGUCGGAGAGCGGUACCGUGGAGAGCCUCAAGCGGCUGUUCGUCUCCUCCUUCCAAGCCGCCAACCGAGUGCUUGCUAUGACGCCGUGGGGCAACUAUGUGGUCUUCAGGGCGGACCAGAACUCUGAGUCGGGAUCAGGCUUUUUGGUCUUCGACGGCUGCACCUGCAACAUCGAUCGCUUCCGCCACUUGGAUCUAUCGCGUGGUACGGAGGGACUGUUGCCAUUUGACCACCUGUCGCAAGUCGUUGCCCACAUAAUCGAUUCGCGGGAGCUCAAGGCUUUGCAUGCUCUGCGCUCUCGCCUGGAGGCACCUUGCAGGAGAUUAGAAAAUCAAUUGGCUCACAAGCCACAGUACUUUGCCAGCUAAUAAUUCAGACUAUACAUUUUUGUACAGUGUAAUAUAAAUUUCAAGUGUUUUUUAGUCCGAAAUUUAGCUAGAUGCACAAGCGAACAAAUUAAAAAGAGAAUGUCCGAGAA